AUGAAGUUCACGCCAAGCGUGAUUUUGGAUGCUGCAGAGUACUAUGUGGAUCACUUUGAUCGAAAGCACGAUGUUGAUAAGUGUACUAUUCUGCGAAAUUUGCAAUUAGAGACCGAUGAUGAAUUGAUGCCUUCGAGUUUGAAAAGACUGGCAAAGCCUACGCAUGUAUUAGAUCUUACAAAUAAUGAGCUGACUAGCAUCCCAGAUUUGCAGCUGAGGAGCGAUAUUCAUACUAUCUUACUUUCCAGGAACCAGAUAAGUUUACUGGAUGGAAGGCUCUUGCCUCGAAAGAUUCGCAACCUGGUGGUAGCAGAUAACAACCUAUCAACUUUUGAGCAAUUAAAUGGCUUGAAGGGGGCUCCAUCUACAUUGGAAAACCUGGUGCUUCGAGGGAACCAAGUUUGUCACACAGCAGGAUACCGAGAGCAUGUAGUCCGAACAGUACCAAGCCUUACGGUCCUUGAUUUUGAGCGAGUUACUAAUCAAGAAAGAUUGCGUUCCAAGCAGGUUGAAAGUAGUAAGAUAGCAACGGAGGCCACUGUUACCGACACCAGGAGGGAUAAAUCCUCAGAAAUUAUGCAUUUAGUUGUCAGUAAGAUGAGUGACGAAAAGAGGAAAGAGCUAAAAGAACAACUUGCAAGUGCUACAUCGCUAGCGGAAAUUGCUCGUAUCGAGAAAUUACUUUCUGGAGGCGUCUGA